GGUGGUGCGGCAGGCGGACAACAGAUGGCGCUCAGCUCGCUCCAAAGGAAAACAAAAAUGGCGACGCUAAGCUCGCUACAGGACAGACUGCAGGGCCUCGGGAACAGACUACAGGCCGAGAAUGAGUCCAAGUCCCGUGAAAGGAUGACCUCGGGCUUCACUCUUGACCUGACGAGGGAGAGGCCGGGCUCGGAGAGAAGACCCAGACCCGUGCUAACGGGGGACAUCAAACUUCAGUCACGUCCCAACACCAUUUCUGGACGACAGAGGGAGCGGCCCAAAAUAGAACUGCCGCUUCUGUUUGAACCCCGACAACAACAGUCUGACCUUCCUGAGCUGGACGCACACGUCAAGGAGAUCACGAGAAAGAAUGGCAACCUGGUCAUAGAGAGCAAGAGUUACAAGAGUUCCAUAGAAGACAUGGAGUACAUAUCUGAGCUCGGCAACGGAACUUCUGGGAAUGUUGUCAAGAUGCUCCACAAGUCCUCCAAGAAAGUAAUAGCAGUCAAGCAAAUGCGGAGGUCAGGCAACAUGGAGGAGACCAAGCGAGUGUUCUUUGACCUGGAGGUGGUGCUCAAAUCCGACUGUCCCUUCAUCGUGCAGUGCCUCGGCUGCUUCAUCACAGACUCUGACGUGUGGAUAUGCAUGGAGCUGAUGGCCACAUGCCUGGACAAGCUCACUAAAAGAUAUAAGCAGCCCAUCCCAGAGCCCAUCUUGGGGAAGAUCUCAGUGGCUACGUUAAAAGCCCUAAAUUACCUCAAGGAAACCCACGGGGUCAUCCACCGGGAUGUGAAGCCCUCCAACAUCCUUCUGGAUGAGCGAGGAAACAUCAAACUCUGUGACUUUGGCAUCUCAGGGAGACUAGUUGAUUCAAAGGCCAAGACUCGGAGUGCGGGGUGUGCUGCGUACAUGGCGCCAGAACGAAUAGAUCCUCCAGACCCCAAUAAGCCAGACUAUGACAUCCGGGCUGACGUCUGGAGUCUGGGGAUCACACUUGUCGAGCUCGCCACUGGCCAGUUUCCGUACAGAGACUGUCGUAAUGAUUUUGAGGUGCUGACCAAAGUUCUUCAGGAUGAUCCCCCGUCCCUCCCAAAAGAUGGCACUUUCAGCCCCGAGUUCUGUGACUUCGUGAAUGACUGCCUCAUCAAAGAAUAUCGCCACCGACCGAAAUACAAGAAGCUUCUCGACUAUCCAUUCAUCAAGAAGUAUGAACAGAAGAAAGUGGAUGUUUCAGCAUGGUUUGCAGAAGUAUGUCGCGUUACGGAUCAAAAAGUGCGCAACUCCCCCCAAAGAGUAAGUAUAUUUUCUUCCCCACUACUCUCCAGAGCUUCUCGGUCCACUAGUCGACCACCAAGUGUUCCCAGCAGUGGUGGGGGGGGAGGUGGUGGUGGUGGUAGUGGUGGGGGUGAUGCCACUCUUCCACCUCCCCCAGUUGCACCCAGAAGAAGAAGCCGCACCCCCGAGGCACACAGUCAUGAUCGCCUCAACAGCCACCCACAGCAGCAGCAGCAACAACAGCAGCAGGCCUCGCCAACGUUACAAAAGUUACAGCAGCAACAAAAUCAGAUCCAGCAACAGUCGGAAGAAAAAUCACAACACUCUCCACAGAAGCAUCAUCUUCAACAGCACUUACAAAAUAAGCAGAUGGAGCAAGAGCAGCAAAUACAAAAACAACACCAUAGACAUCAUCAUCAUCAUAACAGUGGUGGCAGUGGUGGUGGUGGGGGUGUUGGUGUUAGUAGUCCUAGCAGACUCUGUGAUGGAAACAGCAGCAGCAGUAGUAGCAGCAGCAGCAACAGCAGCAGUGGUGGCAAUGGCGUGGUUAGUCGCUCCCAGCUUCCAGCAUCUCCCAGUCUGACCCGUGCCGUAUCUGCUUCACCAUCUCGCUCUGGGCCCCCUGUAUCCCCUGCCCCCUCACGGGCACUCUCCACCUCCCCACUCCCAAGGACUGUGCUCCCUUCUGUCCAUCCUCCCCACUCAUACCCCGGAGUCAGUCACACAGGGUCCUUCCCCCAACCCCCUCUCUCUGCCCCUCACCAGUAUGCUGUCCCGCCCACCACACAGUCCUUUUCUCCAUUCAAUUACUCUCCUCGGCCUUACUCACAGGUGUACAGUCAGUACAGUAACCCUUACACCCAGGUGUUACCUCCCCGGUCCAGUCACAAUAGUUUUUAUAACAGUGGGUGUGGUAGUGUGCGGGACAGCCGGGGUAGUCAGGGUAGCUGUAGCGGUAGCACUCAGUCGUCCAGCUCAGGGACUACCAGUACAACAAACACGACCUGCAGUGGGGCAGGCACCAGCGGCUCCGUCCGGGAGAUGGCCUGCAGCUGGCCUGCACCUGGCCAGAGUGGGGGCCAGCGGGAGGCCUGGGUCAGCUGUGGCAGUAGUCAAGGGGGGUCAGCCACCACUACCUCUGUCUCCCACACUCCUCCCAUGCACAGGAAAACACCAGAGCCUGUAAGGUUCAACCCCGAGCCGUGGGCCCCCCGCGGCCGCUUUGCUCAGCCCGCCCACUCCCACCACUUCCGCUCACACUCCACUGACCUCACCACGCGGGGCCUCCCCAGCUCCCGGUACCCUCCAACCUACCUGCCCCCCCAUGUGUCCCCCCUCGUCUCUCGAAGGAAGGUGGAGAGCAGAACAUCAGCAACAGCAGCAGCAAAUGGAAGCAGCCACAACCACAGUCAGCCAGGCCAAGCACCAACAGCAGGACCAUUACCCACCUCUAGUGCUGGCCUACCCCCUGCACCCCCCAACCUCACUACCCCACACUAUAGGUACACUCAGGAAGCAUAUUACAACAGCCGACCCUACUACACCCCUGAACCACAGCGCAGAAUUUUUCCCCGGCUGGGAAAUCCAUGACCCCCAAGGGUACACCCUAAAGAGGUCCCCCGGCCUGUCUGCCAGCCCCAUCAUCUCCUCAGCAGCCACAAGCGAACGGGGUAGAGCCUCUGGACCAGGCUCUCGGACCUCUUUUCCCAGGGGGGAGAAUGGCCAGACAGCAACACCAUGGGUCUUGUUCCAGCACUCUCUUGCACCCUGUAACCAGCUAGUCACUUGCCCAGUGUUCAGUCCUUUCUGGAAAUCUGGUGUAAUAUGUGGUAUAUCUUAAGUUAUGGGUUGUCUGCCCAUAACAGCAGCCCAUGCCUACACCAUGGUGCUGGCACCUGCCUCUCAGAAGUGCUGGGCAGGCCCAGUCUCUGCUGGCCAACCCAGAGUGGGUGUCAUUUUGACAGCUACAUUUCUGGCCAAAAGGGAGUAGAUCCUUAAGUACUGAGGAGACAGAUGACCACAGUACCUGAAUUGAUACACGAGUUCACCAGACUUAUAUACUUAAUCAUAAAAUAUAAAUUAUUUAACCUUAAAAAUUACAUAAAUGUACUCAUAUAUUAAGAAAACAUUGCAGUAUAAACCCAUAAACAUAACCCUUUUCUCAUUUUAUGGUUCUUUCCCCACUAUGCUUCUCCUUCAACGAAGGAAGCAUUGGGUGGAAUACAAAAUUAUCCAAGUUUCUUAAUCUUCAUUCACUUAAUUUGUUUAAUUGAGUGGAAUGAUCAGGUUAACAUUUUUUUCAUGUACUGCAUGAUACUGGCACUUUAAAGUCCUCAUGAUCCUUUCCAUAAUGAGUAGCAGUGGUUGGGCUCGUGGUUCACUGGGAGUAGGGUUUGUGUUCCUGUGGGAGAGGCUGGUUAGGGGUGUGGGGGAGGAAGGGGUGUGAAGCUGAUGGUUCUUUUUUUCGCAUCAAAGCCUUAUUCUCUAGUAUCAGGAGGCUCAGUUCACCCCCUUGGUCAACUUUAGUGGAAUCGAGGAGGCUCCAGGAGAAGCUUUCUUGGAAGAAGUGUAAAAGGAAGUCUCCUCCAGACAUACCUUUGCUAGACAUGGAACACUUGAGAGUUCAAAUGAACGUUUACCUCAAUUAUUUGUGAAUUACUGUGCCUUUCACACGGAUAUCAUCUGUUGGGCUGUGCUUGUAGGGGUCAGGCAGCAGCUGGGUCACUGCUCCACCUCUGCCUGCUCGCCUCUCCUGGGCCAGAAGUGAGAAAGAAGCUAAUGCCGCGCAACACCCACCUGGCGCACCACCUGGCCAACGAUGGCUCUGCUAGUCUGGUACUGUUACCUGUGGACAGCCUUCAUCAUACUUGUACCUCUGCUUUUAAUACUUGAUAAAUAGUUACUCUCAUUCGGAAGUGAUAAUAAGGUCUUCAUGUAGAUAACUCUGAUAUAUUUUUCACUGGAAUUUAAAUUAUAUUAAGAAUAUGGGAAACAGUGAUGCUUACAGAUAAGUUAAAUUGAAGUAUUUUUCUGUAAGUACGGUGCAAAAUGUAUAGACUAUUUGCAUGGUGAUUUUUCCUAAACUUGUAUCAUGUAGGGAGAAUUUCAUAUGUAUCAGUUGUGGCAGCACAUGCCAUGCCUGCUCUGUGAUGGAUGUGCUAGAGGUUGUUGUAGAAGUAUUAGUUCUCAACAUCUUAAGUCAUCCUCUGGUCACAAUGUAGAAUUCCAAAGUUGUUUCUUUCAUCUUGAGUCUGUGAUGCUGUCUGGUUGACUAAGUUUGUAUGAAUUGGUUUUGUGUAGGUCUCAUCUUUUUGUGAUGAAUCUUUCCUUGAGAGGUUGAUCACACACUGUACAUCAUCAUCUGUACUGUUUAACCUCCUGAAGCAGAGAGCCAACACUCAGCUCAUCUUCAAGAGUUUUGGCAGUGCCCACAACAUUGUUCAGUGGAGCGACUUCCUACCCAAGUCAGCAAUUUGGCUUCAUUAUUUUGUUUUGAAUAGUAAUAUGGGUGCCAGUAGGUUUCUUAUUUUGUUACUACAAUUGCAGAUGCCCAAGGAAGAAAAGCCAGUAAAAGUGCCUCAGGUAGUGAGAGUAUUGGCUUUUAAUAACUAGAAUACAUAUGAACAAGGUUGCAGUUUGAAGAAAUUUAAAUUUUAGUCAAUUUAUUAUUAGCAUUUCAUUACCUUUUUUCCAUGUGCAUUUAAUUCAUUUUGUGUAUGCGCCAUUUCAUUGGAGGUUAGGCUCAGUGAGUAGCUGUUACCCUUGUGGAUAGCAGUGUUGCCUCUCUUCCCUGGGCUCAAAGUGUGCUGAUCAUCCUCUCUUUGUGUCAUACAUUUUGUCCUUUAGUAAUGUUUGCACAAAAAUUUAUAAUGUCGUGCAUUUCUUAUUUUGUUUGGAGAUAAAAAAAAUAUGGCAUAUUUACCUUUACUCCCAAAGAUGGGCACUGUAUCCAUUCUCAAAACUAUAUAAUGUGUUUGAAUGCUGUGUGAUACUCAUUGCAUAGUAUUCUUUUCAUAACUAAGUGUUGCUGUCAGCUGAAGGUACCAUCUCAUCCCACCCCACAUGUCAUCUGGGUUAAUAGGUGUUGCUUGUCACCAAGACAAAAUAUUGUUAUGAACACAACUUUUCCUUUAAACACAAAGAUUUAAAAAUCAUGGUUCCUGCUUAAUCUCUACUCCUUUGGUUAGUGUUAUUUUCUGUUUUUUGGUAAUAGCAAGAGGUACACACCAUCAGCCUUAUAGUGAAAUGUUGCAGUCUGCAUCACCCAGUCAGCCAUCACACCAGCACCAGCAGGCAGCAGAGUGGAUAAUGAAGCUGCUUCAACUCUGGCCACCGAGUUGAUUAGUUAUCUUUGAGGAUAUUCACUGUUCUUGUUUAACACAAGCUGCUGGCUCUGAGCUUCAAGUAUACCUGUGCCCCUUUACAGGCCCUCUUACCCUUUCUGCUGUUCAUUCUGAUGUGUGAGGUAUCAUGCCACAUGUUAAUUCCUUUCAACAUAAAUCAUUUAAAAUUUCAUUAUCAAUAAUUUGGGGUGUUAAUUACACAAAUAUUACCAUCCAUAACAUUUUUUAUGUUAAUGUAGUGGGGAGUUACACUCACUUUGAAGUCUUAAGGAAGCCAAGUAAUCACUUCACAGUGGGUCACAUUCACUCACCAUUCAAACUCUGACAUUCUCAUUCCACAAAGCCACAUGUGCCUGCCUAUUUUAUCUUGGUCCUGAGCAAGUACAGGGUCAAGUUCCAGGGUUCUGUAACCUUUCAUAAUCUGUACUUCUUAUUGAAGGAGUAAGAGAGGAAGCAGAAUCCCCAGCCCUCAUCUUUCCCUCUACUAUACCAUAGGAUCACUUGAGGCUGCUUGCAAUACUAUGAUUGUAGGCAAUAGGGUCACUAAAUCCUGACUCCUAAUUGACUGAUUGCAUUAUAUAAGCCUGUACUCCCUUUUAGUCACUAGUCGGAUAACUCUAAAGCUUGGCACAGCUCAGUGACCAGAGAAGGCAGCUUUGUGAUCCAUAUCUUGCCAUCAGUUUACUCAUCAAAAUCAGUUGUACACAUUGUUUUGACGUGUAGUUCAUGGCUUCCAAGGAUCCAGCUGCUUCAGGAAGUCACAAACGUAAAACUGGAUCUGUUGUUGUCGUUCCGUUUUCAUGGAUUUUAUCGGUUGUGCAUUUUGUGUGGUGGCCUCCCGCCCGUCAGCCAGGACCUGACCCUCAAUAAGUAUUAUCAUCCGAGGCUCAGUCGGCGGCCCACACACUCACCACUCUUCUUGAGGGUUGUAUGUAUGUAUGUAUGUUUGUAUGUAUGUUUGUAUAUUUUGCAUGAGUGGUAUAGUAUUCCAGUGCUAAAGUUUGUUUUAUUUAUAACAAUGUGUAUAUGAUGUAAAAAUAAUAUUAGUUAUGAUAAUAAUAAAAUAUUAAUUAAUAA